GUGUAAGCGGUAACAGCAGCAGCGGUGGAAGCAGCAAGAGAAAUAGCGAGAGAGAAAAGGGGGCAUCGGCAAGCUCAAGCGCAAGCUCAAGAAACUAUGGCGGCGACAGCGACUCGAACGUUCGAAGUGCCACUAGACCAUCUCGACGCGUCACUGGAGGACUUCGAGCACUCGACUGGGGGGGAGGAGGAGGAGGAGGAGGACCUGCCGAGCGAGAUGGCGGAGGACGACGUUUCGGACUCGGAGGCUUCGGCCGGUGGCUACAGUCCUCCGGCCUGGAAGCGCCUCGGCAACGGCGACCGCAGCAGCGGCUUCUGGCGCAGGAGUAGCGACGACGACCAGCUGACACUGGCCCUAGGGGCGGGAGGUGGAGCGGGCGGCUUUGGCCCCUUUGGCGGACAGCUGCAGCAGCCGGCAUACGACUCCCGCGAGUCGAGCCCCGAGUACGAGAGCGCCGACGAGGGCGACCUGAUUCUCGCCCAGGCCAUCCGCACCCGCCUGCCCCCCGACAGCAUGUCCCCGGAUAAGGAGCCCAGCCCAGCCCCCGAAGAGUAUCACGUUGCACGCCAGUAUCUAGCCGACGCAGACGGCGAGGAUGUAAAGGUCAAGGUGGAGGACGGUGGCAAAGGCGGCGCGCUAACGACGUUGGGACGCUUCGGGGACAGGAGUGACGUGGUUGGGCAACAAGACGCAAACGCCGGGAAUAAUAACUGUAAGUGCCACCUAUUUUCUUUAUUUUAUUUCUCUAUUUUAGAAUGGCCAAGAGAAAGGGGACCCAGCCUUGCGUCUAACCUGAUCAAGAAUUUCCGAUUCGCGCUUCGGGCAGAAGUCCUUCAGCGGACGGAGCCCAUCGAAGCCGCCAUAAACCUUGUCCGGACAAGUUUUGGCGUCAUAUUUGGCUCGCGCGCGUCCGUGAUGAUAUCGGCCCUAGUUGCUUUCAUAUCGUACGGGGCCAUGCGGUCGCUCUUCCAGCCACCCGCGAUGCGACCGGUGCCCGACCUGGUCAAGGUUGCCGGCGUCGCGCGGUCGUUCGAGCCCCUCAUCUACUACUCGGAGCGCGGUAUCCAGCAGGUCGGCGAGAUCCAGGCCACGGGUGUCGCCGUGUGGGAUCUCAGCGAGAGCGUCCGCAGUAGCAACAUGACAUCGGCGCCUAUCAUGGUGAAGGAGCUCGACGAGCUCAGCGACAGCCUCAAGACGCUCGCCGUUGAGCUGAUCAAAUUCUUUUCAAGUGUCAACGGAGACAUUGAUAGUAUCCUCAUUGUGAUGGACUGGGCGCGCAGAGAACUCUACCAGUUGCAGCAGCAGCCCUCGCUUCCACUUUCGUCAGCUUUUGACAACAUCCACAACAUGCUUUCCAACGCCGGCAUCUUGGAGAAUCCGACGACAGGGCAGGCGACGGCCAUAGGAGUCGUUGCCUCGUCCAUAUUCGGCCCGUCAACGCCGCAGCGCACCAAGCAGACGCUGCAGCGCACAUUCCGCGAGUUUCUGUCGGUGCUCGAAGAAGCCAUCACCAAUGAGCUGCAGCACAGCCUCACCCUCCUGGCGCUGUAUGAGUCCAUUGACCACCAGUUCCUCAACCUGGCGCGGACCGUGGUGCGCGAGUCGUCGCUGCAGGACGAGCUGCACGACGAGCUGCUGUCGUCGCUGUGGACGCGCAUCCUCGGGCCGCGCGCCGCCGACGUCAACAAGUACGACCGCAACCGGCAGCUACUGCUCGGCGUGCGCAAGAACACAGUCCUCAACAAGGAGAUCAUGAUCGCCCACAACCACAAGCUCAUGAUCCUCAAGGCCAACCUCGAGACGCUGCGCCGCAAGCUCGUCUCCCCCCUCGUCCGCUCCGUCAACAGCUCCACCAUCUCCCUCGACGAGCAGAUCCGCGGCCUCGAGGACGUAGGCGAGUACCUCGAGAGCGUCCGCACCCGCCAGAAGGGCAAGCUUAUGGAGAUGCUCUACGGCGGAAGCCGUGGUAAUGUUGGCCUCUCGGGGUCGCCUGCUGCUGCUGCUGCUGCUGCUGCUGAGGGAAGUGCAUAUUAUGACUGAAAGACGAGGUUUGGGAAUAAGGGGGAGCAUAAAGCUGUGUUUGUUUACAGUGUCGGGAUUAGUCAUGGCGUUUGCUUCGUUCCUUUUCUUUCCUUUUCUUUCCUUUUACGAAAUGGGAACCCGGGGACUGACUGGUGGUUGGGGUUUUCUGCUUCCCACUUCACGUCUAGUGGCUUUGUAUACGCUACACAGUACUUGUCUGAGUAGUUGUUGGUCUAGUUGAUUUGGAAGAUGCAAGGUGGUUUAGGAGUUUAAGGGACAACG